GAAUGACGGAGUCUGAUUCGUACCCUGCGUCCAUUACCUGAGACUGUGAAAACCUGUCGCUGCCGUUAGAGUGCAAACCUCAUCGCCAUUGCCAUGUUCACGCCCCAGAGGAAGGCGUGGCCCCACGCGCCGGCGUUUACGCCCAACCGAGGCGGUGUCGCUGCGAGUUCCAUCUCUGCCAAGGGCAAGGCCAUCGCCGACGAUCCUCUGCCGCCGCCUUUGGGCUCUCUGAGCGAAACCGCCGUGACGGUGGGGUUCGACGCGGGUAACGUUGAGGACUGGAAGAGGUUCAAGGAGGUUGGGUUGCUGGAUGAGGGUGUGAUGCAGAAGAAGGACCAGGAAGCGCUCGUCGAGAAGGUCACGAGGCUCGAAAGAGAGCUUUUUGACUACCAGUACAACAUGGGCCUCCUGUUGAUUGAGAAGAAAGAAUGGUGUUCCAAGUUUGAUCAGCUGAGGCAAGAACUAGAUGAAACUGAGGAGAUUCUGAAACGAGAACAGUCAGCACAUUUAAUUGCAUUAUCUGAAGUUGAGAAGCGAGAGGAAAAUUUGAGGAAAGCAUUGAACACAGAGAGGCAGUGUGGGGCUGAUCUUGAGAGAGCUUUGCGUGCAAUGCAGGAAGAGCAUGCCCAAGUCAAGUCUUCCUCCCAUACAAAGCUAGCUGAAGCAAAUGCAAUGGUUGACGGAAUCGAAGAGAAGUCUUCAGUGGUUAACAAAAAACUGCUUGAUGCGGAAGCUAAGCUGGCUGAGGUAAACAGAAAAAGUGGAGAGCUGGAUAUGAAAUUGCGAGAGGUGGAGAUUCGUGAAAGAAUGCUUGAAAAGGAGCGUUUGACUUUAGCUACUGAUCGAGAAUCAUUUGAGGCAACAUUCUACAAACAAAGGGAAGAUUUGAAGGAGUGGGACAGGAAGCUACAGCAAAGGGAAGAAAUGCUACGUGAUGGUAGGCAAAAUCUUGAUGAGAGAGAAGAAAAGGCUGUUGAAUCUGAGAAGUACCUGAAGCAGAAAGAGAGAGACCUAGAAGUACUGGAGAAGAAAAUUAUUUCAUCUAAUUCUUUAUUGAAAGAAAAGGAAGCUGAGAUAAGAAGUAAAGUAGCUGAUUUAGAUGUGGAACAGAAGAAAGUGGAUUCCUUUAAGAGCAUGCUGGAGAUGAAAGAGAAAGAUGUACUUGCACUUGAAGUAAAGCUUAGUGCUAGAGAAAGGGAGGGGAUCCAAAAGCUCAUGGGUGAACAAAAGGCUACGCUAGAUUUGAAGUUGAAGCAGUUUGAGCUUGAGAUGGAACAGAAGCGGAAAUCCCUUAUGGAGGAGUUUAGCAGCAAGGAGGAAGCCUUGGAGCAGAGGGAAGUUGAAGUUAACCAUAGGGAACAGAAGGUUGGAAAAGAAGAGCAGGCCUUGAGUAAGAAGGCUGAGAGAAUAAAAGAGCAAAAUAAGGAGCUUGAAGCUAAGUUGAAAUCUAUAAAGGAGAAUGAAAAGACGAUCAAAAUCAGAGAGAAAGAAUUAGAGAAGGAAAAACAACAAUUGCUCGCUGAUCGAGAGAGCUUGGAGAAUUUAAAUGCUGAACUUGGUAAGAUAAAAUCUGAGAUUUCUCAGCAGCAGCUGCAAAUAUGCCAAGAGACUGAGAAUUUGAAGCUUACUGAAGAUGAGAGGUCAGAGCAUUCUCGUUUGCAGUUGGAGCUAAAACAAGAGAUAGAGCAUACCAGAUUGCAGAAGGACUUUCUUUUGAAAGAAUCUGAAAACUUGAGGGAAGAAAGACAGAGGUUUGAGAAAGAGUGGGAAGUAUUGGAUGAGAAAAGAGCAGAAAUUAAUAGAAAGCAGCGUGAUAUUGAUGUGGAGAAAGAAAAUUUAAUAAAACUUCAAAACAGUGAAGAAGAAAGGCUGAAAAGAGAGAAACAACAAAUGCAAAAUCAUAUAAAGAAAGAGUUGGAGAAGCUUGAAUUGGAGAAGGAAUCAUUUAGAGAUUCAAUGAAGCAAGAGAAACUUAUCUUGUCUGAAAUGGUGAAAAAUGAAAAGGCAAAAAUGCUUCAAGAUUUUGAAUCAAAGACAGGAAAUCUUGAGAAUGAAAUCCAGAAAAGACAGGAAGAAAUGGAGAAAGACUUCCAGGAACAGGAGAGUAAAUUUCAGGAGGAGAUGCGAAGAGAGCUUGAUAAUAUUAAUGUCUUGAAGGAUGUUACAGAGAAGGAAUGGGAAGAAGUGAAGUCUGAGAGGAAUAGGUUAGAAAACGAGAGGAAAGAACUGGAAUCAAACAAGCAGCAGCUGCAGUCAAGCCAACGUGAGAUGCAUGGAGAUUCUGAAAUGCUUAUGAAUCUCAGCCGAAAGGUUAAGAGGGAGCGUGAACGCCUUGUGGCUGAAAGAAGCCUCUUUCUUGAACUUAUUGAGAAGCUAAGGAGUUGCACAAGCUGUGGCGAUGUUGUUAGAGACUUUGUUGUAUCUGAUAUUCAAUUACUUGAUUAUAAGGAAAGAGGAUUUAUUCCCUCAUCUAACUUCCCUCUUCUGAAUGACAAGCCUCUUAAGAACUCCAAUGACAAUGUAGGAGCUUCCGAAUUUAACAAUUCUGGAUCUAGAAAGUCCAUGUCUUGGCUCCGUAAAUGCACAUCCAAGAUUUUCAAUCUGUCUCCAAGUAAAAGAACUGAUGCUAUUAAUGCUUCAGAAAUGGCUGAGAUGUCACCGUUGUUAGAUGUGAAUGUGACUGUAGAAAAAGUAGAUGGACCUGCAUCUCUUCCUAGUAUAGAAGGAGCUAGAGUUAUUCUUGAAGAACAACAACCAGCUGGUGAGAUAGCACAUCACUCUUCACAUACACCACUCCUCUCCUCUGACAACAUUGCUAAAGACAUGAACGAUGAAUACUCUGUAUCCAUAGGGGAUCACAGCCAUGUAGAUAGUUUCGUGGAUGGAGGACUAGAUGAUUCUCAGCAGUCAGUUCCAAGGCAAGGUCGUCGUAGACCUGGUAGAAAAAGCAAAUCUGGAAUUGCUAGAACACGCUCAGUGAAGGCUGUUGUUGAAGAGGCCAAGGAGUUCCUUGGAGAAGCCCCAGAGGAAAUAAAAAAUGUGAGGUUACAGUCUCUCAAUACUGAUUGUAUCAAAGAAGACAGUCAAGAAGACUCCAUUCAUAACGAGAAAGCCGUUGGCAAUGCUAGAAGGAAGCGGCAACGUGCACAAACUUCUAGAGUUACAGAAAGUGAGCAGAAUGCUGGUGAUAGUGAAGGACACUCAGAUAGUAUUACAGCUGGUGGGCGCAGGAAGAAGAGGCAAAUGGCUGCCCCACCUGCACAAGUUAUUGGGGAGAAACGAUACAAUCUUAGACGGCAUAAGACUGCAGGCAAAGAUUCAUCUACACAGAACUUAUCAAAAGGAGCAAACAAUGUGGAGAAAGAAGUAGGUGGUGGUAGACUGGAGAGGGAUAAAAGCCCUGAAGAAAUUGUUGAAACUUCAUUACUAGUAGCUGAGGACAAUGUACAAAACACUUGCCUGGUGCAGGUUCCAACAGUGAAGACUGUGGAGUUCUCAGAUGAUAGAACUGUUAGGUUUGAAGUACCUAGAGACAUUGUUGAUGACAAUGGUGCUGCAAUAAACUCUCUGGAUCGUGUGGAAGAAAAUGGUACACCAGAGUAUGGAGAUGAAGAUGGAAGCACAAGCCAUGAAGUUGAAAAUGAUAAUGAGGAGGAGGAAGAGGAGGGGGAGGUGUCCAUUGGAAAGAAGAUCUUCAGAUUUUUCACAACAUGAUGGAAGUAGUUAUAUCUAUCAUGGAUAUCAAAGUAGAUAUACAAUGUCCUUAUUCCUUAUUCAAGAGAUUAGGCAUGUAAUAUUACUUUGGGUUAGCUUCCAUGUUUGUUGUGGCAUUAUUACUAGCAGUAGCGGAUGAGAAGCAUUGUGCUGCUGCUUUUGUUCUCAAUAACUGUUCUAUUAAGCUGCUUAAGAAAGGUGGAUUUGUUUUCUAAAUAUUAACUAGAGGAGAACAUUCUUACGUUUUCAAUUUUAGUAUUAACGUUUGCAUUGUUAUCAGUAUAAAUAAGCAAUUGUUAUGAUGUUUCAGAACAUUAUUUGGAGCAUGUGCAGUGACUCAACUGAAGUUUAUAUCUGAAAAACCUAAUACAAAUUUUAUCUUACAGUU